AUGCGAUCGAGUAUCGAGGAAGAGAGUAAUGAUGGUGCUCCGAAUGAAUCUGUAAGAAACGAGUUGCCACAGAAAAAGAAAAAAUUGAACGAAUUGGCAAAUGUCAAGUGCUUGGAAUGCCAUUGUACAGGGACAGUGAUGAAAACAAUCGACGGCAUCGUGCUUUUUCCGAACAAGGUGAAGAAAACACUGCUCGAGCUCGGUGGAGGAAUUUUAAUGCCAAAGCUGAGAAAAAUCAAGCCUGUGAAAAGGGUUCAAACCGCAAACCAAAAGGCGAGAAAAUUCGUGGAGGGUUUUAAUGAAGCUAGGGAAAUUGAGGACGACGGAGGAAACGAAGGACUUCUUCAGAGGUCUUUACGGAAGGUAGAUAGAUUCAGAGAGAGAGUCGCAAAGGGGUUCGAUAAUGCGAGAGAUGAAAAAAGAAUGGAGCUUGUGAAAGUGAUGGAGCGAAUUCAUCGAAAAAAGACCAAGACUCCAGCGCGGGAAAUUCCAGAACGAUUCACGGGUUUUUUCUCAGACGAGUUCGAAAAAGACAAUUUCUGGAAAUCGAAUAAACGCUUCUCACUCCAUGGCAACUCAACAAUGCGACAAUUCUCUGUUUACAUGUUGCUUGGAUGCAUAUUCUGGGGAACCGUCGUCGCAAUAACGAAUUAUUAUUCGAUGCUUGCAGCUCGAGUUCAACCAACUUACUUGACCAAUGUUUGUCAAGUCGGUUUCAAGAAAUGCACGCUUACUACUGACAUGGAUUACUGUGCACAUCUUCUUCAUGACUGUAUAAGAACAAGGGAAUUUGAUCAACCAGUUGGAAUUAAACAACCGACAAGAGAACAAGUCGCGCAAAUCGAAUUUUCUGACACAGAAAAUCUCAUAAACAAACGACGAUGCAAGAAACAACAAUUCUAUGCCAUGUUUGACCGGCACACGAAACUGAAAAACUUCAUUUACUCCUCCAAGUUCGACCAAACAAGACUGUUGGUUAUGAGCACAGACUUGCAAACCGCCUUCUCGAUUUCUUUAGAUGGAUCAAUUAAGAAACCAGCAGUUAAUAAGGCACCGACAAAUGACUAUCUUGAGUCGGUCAGACAUGCGUUAAUAAAAGAUGAGCUCUUUAUUUUUGGUGGUAAAUUCGGUGAACACAAAAUUGCGAAACUGAGAGGUUGCUUGUGGGAAGAACAGAAAACACGAUUAAUCAACCCAAUCGGUGAAAAGGGUGCUGCGCUUUCGAUCGACGGUGGUUCCAAAGCAUUACUUUGCUUUCCCUAUAAAGGGACAGAAUGCGAGAUUUUCGACACAAAAACAAUUGUUCCUACUUUCUCAACCAAAUUUUCACAUCAGUCAACACAACUUGCCUUUUACACAGAGUCCUAA